AUGCUAUUCUACUUUGAUCCCGCGUUAAAGUGCAAUUUGGCAAACGAUUUAGUUCUAGCGCCCUUACCAGCGAAAAAGCAGCUUUGGGAAGCAGGAAAUGAGGCAGUUUGGAGGUCAGAAAGACAAAGGGAAGGAGGAGUCCAGGUUGAAUUCGGAUUGGCAGGAAGCGGAGAGUUGGUUAAACUUGGUGAGCAUUACAGUGGAGCUGUGAUGGUUCAUACAUCUAUGACCGCUAAUAACCCAGCGAGGGCUAGCGCAAGAUGGGAGGAGUGGUGCGAGGGAAUGGAUGGGCUUGGUGGGCUUGUUAUGCUUGCUGCUUCUAUGGUAGGGUAG